AUGCAGUGCACUGAAGUUCAGAAGGUGCGUUUUGGAACGCAUAUGCUAGCUGAGGAGGCUGAUGAUUGGUGGACUAGUCUUUUACCUACAUUGGAACAAGACGGUGUUGUUGUGACUUGGGCUGUGUUUAGGACAGAGUUCCUAAAUAGAUACUUUCCUGAAGAUACUGCGGAGUUUUCUAAGUGUAUCAAGUUCGAGAAUGAGUUGCGUGCUGAGAUAAAGAGAGUAAUUGGUUACCAGAAGAUUCGAAUCUUUUAUGAGCUGGGCAAACAGAGAGUAGUUGAUGAUAGGCGCCCUAAGAAGAAGGAUGCUCCUGCUGAGAUUGUCUUCUUUACUUGUGGUGAGAAAGGCCACAGGAGUAAUGCUUGUCCUGGAGAUGUGAAGAGGUGUUUUCACUGUGGUAAGAAAGUUCAUACACUAGCCGAGUGUAAGCAUGAAAAAAUUGUGUGUUUUAACUGCGAGGAGGAAGGUCACAUUGGUUCGCAAUGCAAAUAG